CACAAAUACAACAUUUAUUCUCUUUUAUACCGCAGAUUUAUAGCAGGCAGUUUCAAAAGGAGGCUGAGGCCUAAAGGGUUUAUAGCUGCUGUUUGUGCAAACAAAAGAUUAAACACAUAAUCAAAUUGUGAAGAGUUAUUUUCCACCACAUUUUCAGUAAUGUUAACUUAACCUUAGACCUUCCUGCCUGGACUUCUGCCAGCACACAGCAAAGACUGUGGGCGCCACCCAACAGUGUCGCAACAGGGGGGAGGGCAGUGCAGCAGUUCCUCUGCAGCUCCCCUCCCCACUGUCAGAGAAAGAGCAGGUAACUUGACAGCAGCAGACAGAAAUCACCUCCUCUCUCAUGGAGAAGUUUGUGUUCCUGUUGGUCCUUCUGUCUCCAGCAGCUUCUGAUGUGGUACGAGUGAAACCUGGAGAUGAUGUCAUUCUGCCAUGUCAGGCCGGUGAUGUCUCCAUCAGAGCUGUAGAGUGGAGCAGACCUGACCUGGAGCCAGAGUACGUCGUCUUUCACAGAGAUGGACUCUCAGAUCCAACCCAGCAGCAUCCAUCCUUUAAGGACCGGGUGCAGCUGGUGGACAGAGAGCUGAAGGACGGAGACGUGUCUUUAAUUCUGAAGAACGUGAGCAGCAACGACGCUGGAACAUACGAGUGUCGAGUUGCAGCAGGAGGUUCAAGACGUAAGAGAGCCAUUAUUGAGACUGAGCCAAUCAGAAUCAUCCAGCUGGAGGUUUCAGGGUCCAACAGCGGCGACGUCGAGGAGGGAAACUACAGACAUUACUACGGAUCUGUAGCAGGUUUUGUUCUGGUUUGUUUAGCUGCUGCUGUUGGAUUGGCUGUUGGCUGGAAAUAUAAAAGACAUAAGGACAAGAAACCAGAACAGUCUGACAGUCUGCUGCUGAAGAAGAGGUCAGCUUGUCACAGAUUCGUUUCACCUGAGCACAUGUAGGGAUGCAACGAUUACAGAUUGUUGGUACGAUUAUAGUCUGAGGAAUAAUAAUGGUUUCACAGUUAUUAUGAAUUAAGUCACUUCACAACACCUAUUGAUAUUUAAUAUUUUAUUAACAAUGAUAUGUCUAUAAUAUUUAAGUAUUAUUAUUAAUAAUAUAAGAGGAAUAUUAACUGCAAUCUUCCGCCAGGGGAAAUUGUUAUUAAUGAGGUAAAUAAACUGAACUGUUGUCAUCAGCUCAUCCGUAAAUGUGUAAGUUUUAGUGAAAAUGAUAGAAAGAAAUCUUUCACACAGCGUUAUUAAUAAUUGAAAUGCAGGUAAUUGGUAUAGUCACUGAAAGCUCGACAGGCAUCGACUGUAAGUGACAGGUUUAUAUUUAAUUCCCAACUUGCCAAGUUAUUUAACUCAGUUAUUAUGUAUUACCUUUACUUAGACGGGUCAGACUAAAUACAAUUCAAAUAUCCAGCUUUUGAUCUGGGAUUAAAAAGUAGGCCUACUACAAUAUUAGGGCUGGACAGUUAAUCGAAUAAUAAUCUAAACCGAAAUUAACCGGUGUAAUCUCCCCUUGUCGGUUAUUUCGGUUAUUUAAUCCUGUUAAUAUUGUGUAUUCAUGUACUUUCCCCUUGAAACACUGUGUGUGUCGUUAUGUGACUCCGACCCGUCCUGCUCAGCCUUCAGACCGGAGCUCAGGGAGAUGUUGGCUGGCGUUAACCGCCUCCCAGCAGUUGUAGAAACAACAGACACUUUUAUUAACGGACACAAUGUGAACUACGCUGUACAUUUUCUGCCAGACUGACAACUUAUUACUCGCUAGCUUUCAGCACCUGUCACGUAGAUGCCCUUUGAUAAAUGAGGAGAGGAAGCUAGCAAUGCGUGAUUUACAAUGUUCACACAGUGUGCUAGUGAAAAUCAUUUGUUCCGCAUUGAUAUUAAAUAAUUUGAGUGAAAGUUUAGCAGCAGCGACGAUGCGCCGAAUAUAGAAGAACCAUCUCUCUGUAAUGUGCACAUCAACAUUACCUAUUUAAUUGAAAUUUAGAUAAUGGAUUUGUGAUGAAUAAAUAAACCCAAGCUUUAGUAGUUGAACAUAUUUACAGAACAAACCAGUACAAAAACAACA